AGAACAGUCGUUGUUUUUUUCAUCGAAGUCGCUACUACUUGCUUUUUACUCUGCGUGGUACUAGUGCGAAGAGGUUAUUUAUACCUCUGGGUCUGGUACAACUACAAGUACAACAAAAUAAACCUGAAGAAAAACUUUACUUGUCUACUUUAGACCGCCUUCACAAACCUACAAAACUCUCCCGUUUUUUUUGUUCAUUUUUUUCUUACGUCGACACCGAAAAAUUGCAAUCAUGGCGCACCACUACAAAAAGAACCCCAAUCUUGGUCGCCUUUGCGUUGCCGGCCUCUUGUGUAGUUGCCUCCGCGUCGCGCUGCUCGGACAAGAUUUAUUUGGUGGUGCUGCUGUUUUCGCUUUGAAUCCGAGUCCCAGUUGUCCUAGUACAGCUUCCACAGCCACAAAUAUCGUAAGAAAAAUCUGUCUCAGUCCCAAACCUUUGAUGCAGAUGUUGACUCAACACCACUUACAAAUUUGCGAAACAAGAAGCAAAAAAUUUCUGAUGCUUCAAACAGCAAGGGAAAUAAACCCCUAUCAUGAAAGGCGACUCUCUUGCAUGGAGGUGAGCAUGUCUACAUCAAAAAAGAAAAACGGUCUCAAGGAAGUUCCGCAUUACAAGCUGAGACUGAGACAUCUUUUUCUUACGAUGACAAACCAGCGCACAGCCGGCCCGAAAACGACCGCCGCAACGAGGACGCGGCCUGCUGCGGCUGGUAAAACUGCCGCAGCCGCCCCGAAAACGACCGCCGCAACGAGGACGCGGCCUGCUGUGGCUGGUAAAACUUCCCCAGCCGCCCCGAAAACGACCGCCGCAACGAUGACGCGGCCUGCUGCGGCUGGUAAAACUGCCCCUGCCGCCCCGAAACCGAUCGCCGCAACGCGGACGCGGCGUGCUGCGGCUGGUAAAACUGCCCCAGCCGCCCCGAAAACGACCGCCGUAACGAGGACGCGGCUUGCUGCGGCUGGUAAAACUGCACCAGCCGCCCCGAAAACGACCGCCGCAACGGGGACGCGGCUUGCUGCGGCUGGUAAAACUGCCCCAGCCGCCCCGAAAACGACCGCCGCAACGGGGGCGUGGCGUGCUGCGGCUGGUAAAACUGCCCCAGCCGCCCCGAAAACGACCGCCGUAACGGGGACGCGGCGUGCUGCGGCUGGUGUUCAUCCUGUGCGACCCGUCGGGAAAGCAAGUGGGCAGCGAGCAGGAAGCCCCGGCCAUAGUCGUCCUAGUGCAGGUUCCAACGCAAUGCCAAACCCGCGCGCAGCCCGGGCCGCCCCGAAAACGACCGCCGCAACCCGGUGGAGCCAGACUGCGCGCCGAAGUGGCGGCGGAUCUGGCAGUCAGCAGACCAGAGCUGUAGGCAGCCAGGGGAGCCCGACUGAGCGCCGCGUGAGUUUUGGAGGCACCGAAACCAUAUACGUUUAGUCAUUAUGGUGAGCAUUUCAGAAUGAAGCCGAAAUUGCGGCCAUUGGGCUUGGAAACAUAUAAAACUCAUUUUUUGUAUAUAGAAGUCGAACAAUAGUUUGGACAUACUUUCUACACGCACUUUUAGAUGACGCUGACGCAAAUUUUGUGUAUGUUCGAGCUGCCUUUACCGCGACGCUGAUGUGUACGUUGGGCAGGCUGGAAACACAGGCUUCGCAGCAUGUAGACACCGCAGUAACGUACUGCCGCGUUCGCCGAUUUUAUUACGAUGGCAGCGCAACUAGCAGGUGGGCAGUACAGGAGACAUAAUUUCAGGUGUCGAGGAGCACAAUUGCAAGUAAAGUAGCAGUGCUAGUAUAUUUAAGUAGGAGUUGUUGAAGAUCGAUCAUAAAUUUGUAUUCAAGUAGAAGAAUCUGAAUCAGCCUGUCAUGGAAAAUGUAAGAUGUCUUUUGUGGAUGCAAUCCAUCGGAAGGAAAGCCAACUGUUUUUUUUGCUUGAUUUAUAUAUAGGCAAGGAAGAGGCUGACCCGUAUGAAAAAAGAUGCACCUGCAUGCAAGACAAUGACAAAUCAAACACGUCCAAAAUUUGCUCUGCUCGUCUUUCAUACUGAUUCAGUACAUAAUCCUAAAGGGAUCGAGACCGUCACCACGUAGUUGGGGUUUAUUGUCUUGUUUUUGUUGAUCAGCACGUCCUGAUGGACGAUGCGGGCCACCUUUACAACAACCACCUGGUGAUAAAUUAAGGUAGACUAGGCCUAUCUACGAAAAAGAACACAGCGUCGUUGUAAGGACAAAAACGAGGUCGAAAACUUCUUCCCUGUUAGGAUUUCUAUCAAGAACGGGGAGGAAAAUGGAAAAAAGACUACGCCAACGGAUUUUUAUUCAUUUUUAGAAAAAAUUGUAUCUAUAAUGAACUACGCCUAAACCUUGACAUCAAGAGUAGCCUCAUUUUAUGCGCGGAACCCUCCUUUUACUUGGAGCUUUCUCAAGCAGAUUAGCGACUCAACAGUCGUUUAUUUCCCAGUACUACUAGUACCGCUAUUACCCUCCCCGGUGAUGGUCGUAUUUGAAAAGCAAAAAGCAUCAAGCACUAUCGGAUGAUGAAAACUAUUGGCCUGAGGUGGAACAACCUCAUGGCGCCGCAUUCCGCGCAUGAACUAAACUUUUAGAAGUUCUUCACAGGCUGUUGGUGCGUCCGAUUUUCGUCGAAAAGCUUAGCUGGCAGAGCAGUGGUCGAAGGU